UGGACGAUGUGGCAGUAUGGAAGUGGUCAUCACCAGUGCUAAUGAGACGUCGAUGCCAUGCCCAGCGGCUCCGGGUGGCAACUUCAGGCAGAACCGCUUCCGCCAACCGGGAAGCCACCAGAACCAGCAGCAGAGCUUCAAUUCAACUCAUCACCGGCAGGGCACCUCGGAAAGGAGCGUGUCGCCAGCGGCCAGUGACCUCUCCAGCAUUCGCCUCGGUCAGCACCAUCCUCCCACCAGUGCGUCCAGCGACAGACAUCUCCUGGACGUGAAGCAGGAAUGGGGGAGCAAUCGACAGGGAGGACAUGGAGGUGGCCCAGGAUCUCAGGCAGGAAGUGACGUUGCUGACCAAUCCUUGAUGCCCCCUGGCUCAGCCAUGUCUCACUAUGCCAGCAGCUUCAACUCUCUCUCCCCAUUCCCCCUUGAACUAUCACCAUCAGGUUCCAGUUUUGCGAGUCCAAGACAUUCUGCAAGGUCUUGGACUUCUGCGUGGGGGUCGAAGAAACGAUCAUUGUCCAUUUCUCCACUCUCUUCAGAAGGCAUGGACUUGAACUCUCUCAUUCGCACUAGUCCAACAUCCCUGGUGGCUUUUAUCAAUGGCCAAUCCAGAGGAUCAUCUGCUUCAAUAUCACCCUUCCAGGGGUAUCAGGUAGGUGAUUAUGGUCACCUGUCUGCCCACAAUAGCAGCAGUCCCAUGUCACAAGUGUCCUCCUUGGGAUUCACCCAGGUGUCUGCCGCUGGGUCGGUGAAUGGAGACAAGAUGCCUCCUCCCUAUCAACAGCUCAAGCAGGUGUCCCGCCAGUAUGGGGUUACGGACCCGCAGAUCGUCACACAGCAGAUGCAAGCCAUGGAAAGCGCAAACACCAUGACCAAUGAGACAGGGAUGAACAGUCAGUUGAUUGUGCAGCCACAGGAAGAAGCUCUACAAGAUUAUGCAAACAACUUUCCAAGCUACCAAGUGUACAAACAGGAGCCUAUAGAGCAAGGCUUCAACGAGACCUCAGGCUUUUCACAAGGGCAGGAAUAUCCGCAAGGACAGUUCCAGCCAGGGACGGAACAACCCCACCAAGUGCCACCUCAACUUCCCCAGCAUCAUCACCCACCACAAGCCCUGCCUCAACAUUCCCCUCAAGGAGCCCAGAACCUUCCCCAGCAGAGUCCAGCCUUCUCUCAGAACCAAACCUACUCCAAUUCUCAGACAUACCAACAAAACCCUACCUUCACCCAGCAUUCCACCUACCCACCCAACAACAACUACCCUCCGAUCCAGGGGAACUACAACCCUCCCAUUUCUGGUCAGUAUGCACUGGCACCAGGACAGCUUCCGUCCAUGACUACCCACCCCCUCCCGGCCAACAUGCCCCCUCCUCCACCCUACCACGCCCAGCACUUUGAGUCCAGUGCCAACCACUCGCCCCCCAUCAUCAACACCAACCCCCACGGUUCCCCCAUUUCCACCUCCACUCCCAAACUGGGGUUGGAAGUGGAGGAGAAGAUCUGCAGGUGGAUCGACUGCAACGCCUUCUUCGAGGAGCAGGAGGAACUCGUCAGGCACAUAGAGAAGGUGCACAUCGACCAGAGGAAAGGGGAAGACUUCACCUGUUUCUGGCAGGGGUGCACGAGACGCUUCAAGCCUUUCAACGCUCGCUACAAGCUUCUCAUUCACAUGCGCGUGCAUUCUGGAGAGAAACCUAACAAAUGCACGUUUGAAGGUUGCAAUAAAGCAUUCUCCCGUCUGGAAAACCUCAAGAUUCACCUCCGCUCACACACGGGUGAAAAACCAUACCUCUGUCAGCAUCCGGGAUGCUCCAAAGCAUUCAGCAAUUCCUCUGAUCGUGCCAAGCAUCAGAGAACUCAUCUAGAUACGAAACCUUAUGCCUGUCAAAUUCCCGGUUGUACGAAGAGAUAUACGGAUCCCAGUUCUCUGAGAAAACAUGUCAAAGCUCACGCUGCAAAGGAGCAACAAGCAAGAAAAAAGCUUCGAACAAGAGAUGAGUACAUCCAUGGUGACAUGCUUGGGGAGUGCUUGACGAUUCAACCCCUCCAUCCCCUAAGCCACGGAGACAGUCCUCUGGAACUCAGUGAUAGUGGUUUAGGUAGAUCACCUCACUCCUCAAUGCAUGGCACUUCUUCAGAUAUGUAUCCUGGCAUGUACUCCAGCGGACAUUCUAGUAGAUGUGGUACGGCGACAGGAGCAUCAAACUAUAGCAAUCAUGCUUCCCCUGUCCACAGCAUGCAGGGAAGUCCCCACAACAUACCUACCACUCAGUCGUUAGACACAACACAAGAAAGGCGACCAUUUCCUUCUCAGCCUCCGAUGCUUACAACGAGAAGAACAUUCCCCCCUGCCCUGCCCCCUCGGAGGAUACUACAGGGGGGCUUCAAUAACAUUCCCCUCAAACCAAGACCCCCUGCAAUACACUCCCCAGGUCACAGCUUAUCACCCAAGCAGCCCCUCCCAUCCACGUCCCCUCAUCUGCCCGGGAUCACCGGACCUCUCUCGCCCUCUCUGGCCACUUCGCCCCGCCCGAUUUUCCGGCAGCCUUACCCCCCUAGCCAGCGCCCCAGCAGCCGCCCCUCGCCGGGCAUCACGCUCCAGACCCUCCACCCCAUCCACCAACGGCAACUCAGCCUCAACGCCUUGACAGCAACCAAUAACAACAACAAUAACAAUCACUAUGGCAACAAGGGCCUGGUCAAGACAAGAGGGCUGGCCAUGCUGGACAACACCUGCCUCUCUCCGUUUGAUAACCUGGAGAGGGCGCUGUCUGCACAUUCCAUCACAGAGAGAGGUCUUGGUAAUACAGGAGGGGACUUCCACAGCCCUCUCUUGACAGUCGGACCCUCAUCCGACGACAACCACCUCCUCCAGAUGAGUGCCAUCGACCGAUGCCCGAGCCAGCUCUCAGCGGUCUAUGCCGACGGCGCCUCGUGAUCUUGGGGCGGAGGCAUGCACAAACAUUUCACAAGACAGUGCAUGUAUUGUUAGUGCUUACAUGUACUUUAUCUGACUCCUGCAAAAGCAAUGAUAUGAUUGGUCAGCAAUUAGAGGACAUACAGCUUCAAGUCCUGUCCAAGAGAAGUAUUGGUAGCCAAGGAUGUAUGCCUUGCCAAAGGGUACAAGUGUACUGCCUGGGUUACGCCGUAGGGAUCUUGGUUAAUCUUGAUGA